CAAGGCUCGGCGUGGCACGGUUUUCAGAUUCUUGGUGUGCGGAUCUUGCAGCUGAUCAUUGACUUGGGAUGGAUGAAACAUGUGGCUUGUUCCAGCGCUUAGCUGAUCGACUUGGUUGGUCUAAAUAUGAUGACCUGGAUGUCCUGGAAACAGAGCUUCAGCAAAAAAUUGCGAAAUCCAAACAGCAAGAUCAUGGUAAAGAUACUUCAAUCAGCCUGCCAUCAGAAUCUAGGGAGAGCCCAAAUAUCUCUGAUUCAUGUGUGUGCAAGUUGACACUUUCUAGCUCGGAGGAUGUGGCUGAAUCACGCACAAGAGUAUUUUUGGAUAACGGACACAAAGAACAUGACAAAUGUGCAUUGACUAAGAAAAUGCUUGAACUGCCUCAAAUUCACAGUGGAAAUGAAGCUGACUUUGACUCCAAUGAUGACAGUUUUGAGAUUUCUUUGACACAGAAGUUAGACUUCAAAGCAAACAAGCCCUCAAGAUUCCAGAAUAAAAGAUCUGACAAUAUUCCUGAGUUGAGCUCUGAUUCUAGUGGGGAUGAAGAGUUUGAAAAAUUUCUAAUAUCGGUAAAAAAGCCGCAUUCAAAAUCACAGAAGUACAGAACUUUAAAGGAAAAUGACGACAGCCUGAAUGAUUUUAUAGUGAGUGACUCAUCUCUGGAUGAAUUGCCUAUAAAGAAGAUUGUGGAACUUGAAGACACUGCUGAUACUGAAUUACAUGAACAAAGCUGUAAGCCAGGAACUAAAUAUUUUAAGGAACAAGUAUCUAGUGUAUCCUCUGUAGCAAGAUCAAUGUCACCAGUGUUGAACAGCAGUAUAGAGGAUUUUGUUUUUGAAAACACACAAAGAGUUCCCACUUUGGAUGGACAGAAAAUGAAGUCUAAGCAGCUCAGUUCUCACACUUGGGACAGAGGAUCUCUGCAAUCAGAUGAUAGUUCCUCAUACCAUUCUGUGCACUCCAAGAGGUUAAACCACAUCUCAAUUUCGUCAGAUACUUCAACUGAUGAGUUUGAGUCUCUAAUCGAAAGAAUAAAGAUCAAAACUCCAGCUACAGCUUCAAGUAUAAUGAAUGGGAAGAGAAUGGCUGUUACUGAGCCAGUGAAACAAAAAAACAAAAGUAAAAUACAGGGAAUUAAACCCAAACCUGAAGAAAAAAAUGUUGUUCCGGUCUUUAUCCAGCCAACUAAACCAAAGAAAGGUGUUCUAUCUGAUUCUACUUCCCUGAAUCAAGUGCCAGACUUCAAAAUUUCUGGUCUAUCUGAAUCACAAUCCCAACAUGGAGUUAGGCGCAAGUGUAAGGCACCAGGCUGUUUCCUUCAGGAACUGAAUCUGAGUUCAUCGAAAUACGUAAAAAAUUUCAAGCGCCAUCGAGAGGAAUUAACACAAGAACUCUAUAAUUUAUACAAUAAGACAGUCUUUCAACAAAAGCUUCCAGAGAAAAUGGAAAUCAUCUGGAAUAAAAACAUGCGAAAAACAGCUGGGUAUUGUGUAACUGGAAGGAAACGGGAUGCUUUGCAACGCUAUGCUAGAAUUGAGUUAUCAGAGAAAGUGUGUGACUCGGCUGAACGUCUCAGGGACACACUCAUCCAUGAGCUGUGCCAUGCUGCUACCUGGCUUAUUAAUAAUGUUCGUGAUGGUCAUGGACCCAUAUGGAAAUUUUAUGCACAGAAAUCUAUAUUGAUCCAUCCCGAGUUACCGAUGGUGAAGCGGUGUCACACUUACGAAAUAAAUUACAAAUACACCUAUCAGUGUAGCAGGUGUAAGAACACGAUUGGCCGUCACUCCAAGUCACUGGACACGCAACGUUUUGUUUGCGCCAUAUGUAACAGUCCCCUUGAGCUUUUAUCAAAUUCUGUUAAUUAUAGCACUCCUGCAAAAAGGGAGUUAGCACCAUUUGCUAAGUUUGUGAAAGAGAACUAUAGUUCAACCAAGAAGGAAAAUGAAAGGCUUAAACAUGCAGAGAUUAUGCGGAAAUUGAGUGUAGACUUUGGGAAAAAAGCUCAGAUUUCUGACUUAUAAGAUCUCCUUCAUAAAAUAAGUAGCAUUUCAUCUUUUUGUUGAAGGUUUGUAUCCUAUUUUCUAAGACAAUAAUUAGAAAUAUGGAAGCUAAUUUUCUGUGUUCUAACCAAAAAUAAGUUGCAUCAGGUAUGUUUACCUUCCACAAAACAAAAUAAUAUUAGAAAUAUUAAGUAUUUCCAUUCCAAUGUAACGUCAGUCACAAUUGAUGAUACUGAUGAAGGUAAUUUGAAAGGUCCAAUUGAAUUUAUUGAUUAUGAAAAUUCUGAAUUUUUUCAUUAUGGAAUAGCUAAGAUAUGGAUAAUUGAUAAAUUUGUGAAUGAUGAACAAGGGUUAGUUGAAUGCUUAUUUCUUGAUUUAAAUAUUGGAUGUCUCAUUGCUUUGGUCCUGGUAUCAAACUGAUUAAAUUGGUGUAAAUCCAUGCAGUGGUAAGAAUCUUUGGAAAUAACAAGGUUUUGGCUAUUGCAUACAUUGCUGUAAUUGUGUAUAAAUUUGAGUCUUUUGCAGUAAUAAAUUUUGAACAUAUUUCAGUUACAUUGAAAAGUUAAAGAGGGGUUCCCCUGCAGCUAUGUUAUGUUAAAGAGAAUGUUUUUGAUCAGCAAGCUUUUGUUUCCUGGUGCUAUUCUUUAUCACAAAAUGCACACCCUCACCAAAAGAAGACUUAGAUGUCUCAUUCCACAUUUUUAUGUCCUGCAUUUGUUUUAAAACUUCCUAUGAAGUACUAAUGUCCUGGGACUAUUUUUUUUUUAAAUUCUAUUUGCCUGACAAAGUCAAUUGCUGAUUGUGGAAAGAACUCUUAAAUCAGGAAAUACUCAAUAAAAUGAAUUUUAUUCAUAAAUCACUACUCAAAAACAGUGCAAUCACUGUAUUAGCACAGGCAAACAGUUAUGUGUACAAACUAAUGCACUAUAGGUUAUUCAUUUUAAACCACCUGUAUUAUACUGAGCCAACUUUUGUAAUUUUUCCUUUAGUUUUGAUCGCAAAAUGGCCGUUAUUUAUUGAUCUUUUUAUAAACCUUCAGUAAAUGGCAGAAAACAUUUUUUUCAGAACAAGGGACUAAAAUGUUGUUCUUGUACAAUGUCACUUGUAACUUUUAAGAACUGUUGUGCAGAUGUAGUUUCCAGGAUAUUGACUCUGAUGAAAGUGUCCCCUUUCUGGCACUUUAUGCAAGAGCAGCAAACCGGUUAGUCCAAUAUAAAUGGCAACAAUUAAAACAUUUGAAAUGUUAAGGAAUAGAUCAUUUCUAUAACAGAAUGUAGCCUUAUAAACAUAUUCAUUUCAAAACGACUCUUUCUGAUUAAAAGUUAUGUGCCUGAAAUAAGCAAAUGAAGGCACUAGUCUAGAAAAUGUUGCAGAAAUUUGAUUUGCUUAUCCAUUAUUGUAAAGAAAGUAAUUUCCCUGUAGGAAUUCAUAUUGAUUUGUUCUCAAGAGUUUCUACAAAUUGAUUCAUUUUAAUUACAUUGAAUUGAGUAAAUGACAUUAUUAAGCUUAAAAUGUGACAUUUGGCCAGUUGAAAGGGAAGUAGAAUUGAAUAUAUUGGACCAUGAUCUGUGAGGUUUUUAACUAAUGAGAUUAUGCCUUUAGUAAAGUUAGUAAUUACAAUUCUGUUCUAUCCUAAUGGAUUAUGCUUAGUCUAUGAUAAUUGUGUAUUAGGGUUAGCUGUGG